AUGAAACGAAGGACCAGGUGUCUCCCGGGCGGGCUACGUUCGUCUGUGACUCGAGAGGAAGGCGGCCACCGAGGAUUGCUUCCACCUCGACGUCUCCGCCUCGGUCGGAAGGAUGUCCUUUUUCUCAUCAUCCCCAUCAUGCACUUGGGAGUUCGUUGCUGGGAGACGGCGAUCCUAUUGGCUCUUGUGGCCUCUGUCACCGUAGACAGUCACCCUGUAGAAAUGUGCAUCUUUUACUAUGGAGGAGAUGGAUCCUCUGACGACAAGGAAACCCAGGAUGAAGUAGGCGUGGCUGGAGGAAAGGGCGUCCGACCUGGUGGUCCAGACAUCUCAGGGGAAGUGGACGAGUCCUGCUUCGGCCGGGGCAAUUAUAGAGGCAGAAUCCGCCCUACUCGAUGGGUCAGCAAGCAAGAGGGACAGCAAGCAAGAGGGACAGCAAGCAAGAGGGACAGCAAGCAAGAGGGACAGCAAGCAAGAGGGACAGCAAGCAAGAGGGACAGCAAGCAAGAGGGACAGCAAGCGCUUCUUCCGCGCGCGAGUUUCGGAGAGAUGCAUCAACUCUGCAGUGUUGCAGCAUUAUAUCAAACCCGAUGCCGCAGUCGUUAG